AACCCAGUGUCCAGAUUUGAUAAACUGUAGUCAAAUCCUCUUUGGGAAAUUGAUUCAGUUCAGGUUAUCAAAAAUGCGGACUGCAUGUUUUAACCAAUCAUAAAGCUCCUGCUCUUGCAGGACCGUGGGAAUCCAGUGAACGACGCCGAGGCAACAUGAUGCAGAAGAGUGGGAAGCUCAGACCGGAGUGAGGAUUGGUUUUACCACAUUCCUCAGAAACCAACCAAAACUGACAAAAGUCAAGUACAGCUUCCUCCAACUUCCCAGAUCCCAGGCUUGAGUAAGCUUGCAGAACCUCACAAGGAGAUCACCUUUGAGAGCCGUAGACUAUGGAUUAAGGACACAGACUCAAACUAUGUAAAAUUAGCCAAACAAGGAGGCCGGGCAGAUUUGCUGAAGCAUCAUUCCCCUCCUCCAAGGAAGUCACCCCCAGUUCCCUGCUCACAACCAGAAUGGUUUGUGCAUGCACCACCAUCUUCCAAAAACAAGGAUGUUCCUAAAUGGUAUUUGCCAGAGUACAUGGUUCAUGAGGAGUUCACACCCAGCACGUCUGAUAGUAAGCCUAGAAAAUUACUUCAUGAUCCUGAUAAGAUUGCUUUGGAGAAGGAGGUAGAAGACAAUGAGAAGGAAAAUAAAGUAAAGCUGAAGUUGCCAGAAAUUACAGACAAGAAGCAAAAAGACAAAGUGUUCACUAAGAAAACAGCACAAGAGGACAACUUGGAGAAUAAAUUUCCAUCUAUGCCUUUACCGAAAAAGAAUGAACCUAUAAACUUCACCAAAUUAAUUACUAAUGGAUAUGCUGAAGACUGGAUUCAGCAGCGAAAGGAAUGGAAGAAGAUUCAACCAAAUGUAAAGAUUAAAGAACCUGGAGAUUCAGAGACAUGCCAGCUUGAAUUGACGCCAGCAGAUAAGAUGUGAACCUUCGCACAUCAUGCAGAUAUUAAUCAUCACAGGACAAAAUAAAUCAUCCCAAUUAAAAGUGGACAGCUGCAAGAAAACAGUGACUAGUUAUCAGCUCUAAGAAUGAAACGUAAUUAUUUAUAUAAUAAUUAAUAUUUAUCCCCUGCAGCAACUUAAUUUCAAUUGCUUUAUCACUAAAAGAGACAAUUUAAUUCUUAUUGAGUGGGCCUUUGUUAAUUUGGUUAUGUAUACAAUUAAGCACCAUUGAGUCGUGAUAUGUAAAAAAUUGAUUUGAAUACUAAAUAUCAUUGACUGUUUACACAGUAUGGAAGAAUCACUAUUAUGAGCUCUGGAGCGUACUUCACAAUUCAGCUGAUUAGAAAUAUUAGUAUUCCAUUGUAAUUCAAUGAAAAGUCCUUUAAAAUCAAUGAAAGUUUGUAGGUAAUAUUCCUUUUAUAUUAAAAGACAGAUUUCAAAUGUU